AUGGUAAUGAAUACGUUUAUUCAAUACAUUAAAACGGAUCAGUUUUGUCAACUCGGAUUUAAUGCUGGGCAGCCGUUUCUAACCCCCAAACAUUGGUUUCAAUUUGCCGAUGACGCGGUGAUAACAACAGGUGAGGAGUACGAGACACAAAUAUUACUGAAUGCAUUCACCAAGUGGUGUAAUUGGGCAAAAAUGACGCUAAGAGUCGACAAAUGCAAGUCAUUCGGAAUUAUCAAAAGGAACUCAUUAUCCAAGCAGUAUUUUCCGAAAAUUUACGUUAACCACGGCUUAAUUACAGCGGUAAAGGGGAACGAAAGCUUUUGUUAUCUCGGUAGAUUUUACAACUUUCCGAUGGAUAACGUAGAACAUAAACAGUUCUUGCUGUCUGAGACUAGUAGCAUCUUAGAAAAAAUCGAUCGUCUCCCUCUACACUCAAAAUUUAAGCUUGAGUUAUAUAUGAAAUAUCUGCUCCCGAAAAUAUCUUGGCAUCUCACUAUUGCAGACAUUGAUAGAACAUGGAUAAAGCAAACUUUAGACACAAUGUGCCACAAUAAAUUUCGGACAUGGCUUGAGAUACCACCAAACGGCACCCUUGACAUAUUGCUUCUUGGGAAAUCCAAAUUCGGUUUCGACAUCAUUGAUGUAUCAACAAAAUUCACUGAAUGUCAAGUAAUUUUGCGAAAUAAAUUAAAAGACUCGAGUUGUCUAGACACCCAAAACCUUUUCUACGCAUCUAGCUCAAACUGUAAUGUGCAGUACGAUGGUUUCUCCACCGCAAAACAGGUUGCCAAAGAAAUUAGGAAAGAUAAGAUCUUUAAUAUUGAAAGCAAGCUAACGUCGCAGAGUCUUAUAAUUAAGUCGAUUUGGAGAGAUGCUUUCCAGGGUACAGCGAAAGAUUGGCACUCGGCAGUUGACAAACUCCCUAAAAACAUAUACAACUUCGUAACUAGAUAUUUAAAUAACACCCUACCUACAUUAACAAACAUGGUUUUGUGA